AUAUCUGUUCCCGUCGGGGGGGUUCUUCUGUUCGUUGUGUUUGUCCCAGCGGCGGUGGGAAUGGAUUUGAAAUCUCGCGAUUGUUGGGACUUUAGAAGUUCCAGUGGAAAAUGGCGCCCGUUGUGACGGGGAAGUUUGGUGAGCAAGCUCCACCGCAGCGCCUGACGAGAGAGGCCAUGAGAAACUACCUGAAGGAGAGGGGAGACCAGACCUUACUCAUACUACACGCUAAAGUGGCACAGAAGUCUUACGGCAACGAGAAGAGGUUCUUCUGCCCUCCUCCUUGUAUCUAUCUGAUGGGCUGUGGCUGGAAGAAGAAGACGGAGGAGAUGGAGAGAGAGGGCUGUUCAGAGCAGGAGGCUCAGCCCUGUGCCUUUAUAGGGAUAGGAAACAGUGACCAGGAGAUGCAGCAACUCAACAUAGAGGGGAAGGACUUCUGCACAGCUAAGACUCUAUACAUCAGUGACAGUGACAAGAGGAAACACUUCAUGCUGUCAGUCAAGAUGUUCUAUGGUAACAGUACAGACAUAGGAGUCUUCCUUAGUAAGAGGAUCAAAGUUAUCUCUAAACCGUCCAAGAAGAAACAGUCUCUGAAGAACGCUGACCUGUGUAUAGCGUCAGGGACCAAGGUUGCGUUGUUUAACCGGCUGCGUUCUCAGACCGUCAGUACCCGCUACCUACACGUGGAGGGAGGGAACUUCCAUGCCAGUUCACAACAGUGGGGAGCCUUCUACAUACACCUCUUGGAGGAGGAAGAGCCGGAAGGGGAGGAGUUUGCGGUGAGGGAUGGAUACAUCCACUAUGGUCAGACUGUCAAACUGGUCUGUUCUGUCACUGGUAUGGCGCUGCCUAGACUGGUGAUCCGUAAGGUGGACAAGCAGACAGCGUUGAUGGAUGCAGACGACCCAGUGUCUCAGCUCCACAAGUGUUCCUUCUACCUGAAAGACACCGAGAGAAUGUACCUCUGUCUCUCACAGGAGAGAAUCAUUCAGUUCCAGGCCACGCCCUGCCCCAAAAAGACCACUAUGGAUGUAACCCUCGAUGGAGCCUCCUGGACCAUCAUCAGUACAGACAAGGCAGAGUACACCUUCUAUCAGGGGAUGGGUCCUGUACCCUGUCCUGUUACACUGGUCCCUGUGGUGGAGAGUCUGCAGUUGAAUGGUGGAGGUGAUGUGGCCAUGUUGGAGCUGACGGGACAGAACUUUGCUCCAGAUCUCCGAGUCUGGUUUGGAGAUAUCGAGGCUGACACCAUGUACAGGUGUGGAGAGAGCGUGCUCUGUGUGGUGCCUGACAUCUCCGCCUUCAGAGAGGGGUGGCGCUGGGUCCGUCAGCCCGUCCAGGUGCCCGUCACCUUGGUCCGCAACGACGGAGUCAUCUACUCCACGGCCCUCACCUUCACCUAUACCCCAGAACCAGGCCCUCGGCUUCACUGCAGCGCUGCCGGAGCCAUCCUCCAGACCCACAGUCACAGUAUCUCCUCUUCGUCCUCAUCCUCGCCUUCCUCAGGGAGUCUGGGGAUGGGAGGUUUAGGGGUUGGCGGAAGGACAGACGGGCUACGGGAUUGGCCAAGGGGAGGGUCAACCAAUAGCGUUGGGUUGUUGUCGGGUUCAUCGGUGAUGUCAGUAUCGUCAUAGCAGCGGGGAAGUGUGUGUGGGGGGGAGGUGAGAGGCUCAUGGACCUGCUUUGAAACCACCCUCGCUCGCUCAAGGACUCUUUGGAAAGAGAGCGAUUUGAGUUGAAGAGGAGAAGAGAAGAAGAGAGAUGAGGUUCUGAUGAAAGACGGACCUGGAAGGAGGGGGAUCCCCUCUCUCUGGCGCCCCCGUGUGGUCAGUUGUGGACAUGACACUGCUGCCUGGGAGAGGUUUCACCUCCAGGAUGACACAAUAACUAGGAGCCCUUUUUAUACAUUUGUUAGAGAACAACUUUUUUUAUUUUCAACACUCACAAUUUCUACAAAGUUUAGAUAAUUAUUUUGACCCACAACAAAGGGCUUGGUAAUGAUGGAGAUAUCACUCGUGUGCAGAGAAACGUCAUUAUUGUUUUAUGGGUGAAACAUUUAUAA